CUGUACAUUGCUGAUGUUCCACCACCCCUUCUGCUGCCACAAACUUUUCCACCUCGUACUCAGUCACGAGCGGCUGGUGUUGUCUCUCGCGCUGCCUGCAUAGCAUGCGCGUUCGGAGCAGUGGCACAAUCACCAGUCAUCUUCCACACUGACUGAGCGACGUGCUUGAAACAUACCGAGACAGAGGAACAGGAGGCGACCCCGUUUGUGGGCAGAAUGCGGGCGCUGUCCGUGGUGCUGAAUCCGCUGCUGUUUCUACUGCUGUUCAGCUAUUGCCCUUCUGUGACAGUCAAGCCUAAGGAAGGCUGGCAGGUGUACAGCUCGGCCCAGGAUUCAGAGGGGAGGUGUAUCUGUACAGUAGUGGCUCCUGAACAGAACCUCUGCUCCAGAGAUGCCAAGGAGGGACAGCUCCGACAUCUACUGGAGAAGGUCCAGAACAUGUCCCAGUCAAUCGAGGUGCUAAACCUGCGGACUCAGAGAGACUUCCAGUACAUCAUGAGGAUGGAAGGCCAGUUCAAAGAGCUAAGGUCAAAGUUCAGACAGAUAGAGACCAACAGGAAGACACAGGUCAACAGGAACUUCCAGGAGUUGAAGGGUAAGAUGGAUGCCCUACAGCCUCUGAUCCCUGUGUUGGAGCAGUACAAGACAGAUGCCCAGCUCAUCUCCCAGUUUAAACAGGAGAUCAGGAACCUCUCCAUGGUGCUCACAGCCAUCCAGGAGGAGAUAGGAACCUAUGACUAUGAGGAACUACAACAGAGGGUCCUGAAUCUGGAGAGCAGGCUACGCAACUGCAUGAGCAAACUCACAUGUGGUAAACUGAUGAAGAUCACUGGACCUGUGACGGUGAAGACCUCUGGUACACGGUUUGGAGCUUGGAUGACUGAUCCACAGGCCUCCCCUAGAAACAACCGGGUCUGGUACAUGGAUAGCUACACCAACAACAAGAUCGUCAAAGAGUACAAGUCCAUAGCAGACUUUGUUUCCGGGGCCGAGUCUCGAACCUACAACCUGCCGUUCAAGUGGGCCGGGACCGAUCACGUGGUGUACAACGGCUCUCUGUACUACAACAAGGUCCAGAGCAACAUCGUGGUGUGUUACCGCUUCGAGACGGGCCGCGUUGUGACCCAGAGAGCCCUGGAGAACGCCGGCUUCCACAACGUCUACCCUUACACCUGGGGAGGCUUCUCCGACAUAGACCUCAUGGCCGACGAGCUGGGCCUGUGGGCCGUCUACGCCACCAAUCAGAACGCAGGAAACAUCGUCAUCAGCCAGCUCAACCCCGACACGCUACAGGUCCUCGGAACCUGGAACACGGAAUAUUCCAAACGGAACGCCGGGGAGUCCUUUAUGAUCUGUGGAACACUCUACAUCACCAACUCUCACCUGACUGGUGCUAAGGUUUACUACGCAUACUCCACCAAGACCUCUAACUAUGAGUACACAGACAUUCCCUUCCAUAACCAGUUCUUCCACAUGUCCAUGCUGGACUAUAACGCCAGGGACCGGGCGCUGUACGGCUGGAACAAUGGACACCAGGUUCUGUUCAACGUCACGUUGUUCCAUAUCAUCAAGACAGAGGACGAUUCGUGAGGAGGAAGAACCGCCGAGGAACUCAAAGGAUUCCACUGACUAACAUUCCUGGUGUUCCGGUGUUCCGUCAGUCAUUGUGGGAGUUCUAUUGUUGGGUCUCUAAAUGGUAUUUUUUUGCUAUCUUCUUUUGACAAUCCAUCUUCGGAUCUAUUGGCUUCCCUUUCAAAUUCCUAAUGCAAGAAUUACUAAAGAUGUUGGCCUCUGAACUCUGAACUGUCUCCCAAUGUCAUGACAGAGUCAUGAUAUUCUAUGGUAGUUCUACCUAGCAACCCCAAUUUUAAAUCAUCUGGCCCUCUAACGAUGACAUCAUGCCCUGACAGUCUUCCUCUUGGUUUUUUUUAAAUUCAUUUUCCUCUCUUUUGACACAAGCCUUUAUUUUCACUUUAUCCCUUUCCUUUCAGCUACUCUACACUGGACUCUAUGAGAGAUUGUCUGGGCUGGGUAACAUGCCUCUGAUUGGCUGGGCUUGGGCAACAUGCCUCUGAUUGGCUGGGCUUGGGUAACAUGCCUCUGGUUGGCGGGGCUUGGGUAACAUGCCUCUGGUUGGGUGGGCUUGGGUAACAUACCUCUGAUUGGGUGGGCUUGGGUAACAUACCUCUGAUUGGGUGGGCUUGGGUAACUUAGCUUUUGUAUCCAUUGCAACAGUGUCAAUAGGAGUAUGCCUUAUUCAGUGCAGUCUGUUCUGUAAGUCCAUAGGAUAACAGGUGUCCUGUCCUGCAUGAAUGUCUAUGAUAGCAUGUCUAGCUCUCUGUGAUUUGCAUCCAAAAUGGCACCCUAGGUCCCAAAGGGCUCUGGUCAAAAGUAGCACACUAUAUAGGGAAUAGGAUGCCAUUUUGGAUUCAACGUAUGGCUGUCCUGAUAGCAUCUAUAACUCUGUCUGUGGACUCUCUCGGCAACCAUCUCUCUUUCCCAUUGUAACACAAUUAAUGAUUAUUGUCUGAUUAUACUGUAUAUGGAUAAACAGGAAAAUACACAUUUAUAUACAUAAUUACUGUUACAUUAUGGAAAUAAAGUUAUUAUUGUUCUUGAUUAA